AUACCUCGGCGAAUGUCUAGGUCGUGCCUUUUCUUCCAUGCAUCCGUCAACAAUUUUGUAUAAUACUUUAUUCGACGAAUACGUAUACUUAUCGCGCGUGUCCAUACUCGAUGGACUUCGAAUUUACGCCCGAUGGAACUCGAUGACCCUCGACGGACAAACGAUACGCGAUCAUGUACAAACGAACGAUAAACGAAGGAUACCGAAUAAAUUUGGUCGCAAAUUUGUUCGACGUUAUCCUCCGCGAACAUACACGUAUGUAACAUGCGAUAAUUAUAUUUUGUUCGAAAGGAAAGCCUGGUUUUAUUUCCUGCCCCUUCCCUGCGAUCGAUCUUCUACACUUACUUCUAUACAAAACUCGUCAUCGUCGUGAAAUAAAAUUUUAUCGAAACGAAGCGCUGUUCUCGAAAAGUAUCACGAAUAACAGAGAUGCGUUACCUUUAUCCAGUUUUGUCCUAUUUUAUUUUUUUUCUUUAACACGCGUGCUCGGAUGAUUUGAGAAAGCGUGAACGCGCGUAUACGCGCGAAGACAUUACGGUAGAUAGAGAAGAGUAGAAAGGUACGGUUACCGGUGCAACCGAAGCGCGACUUUCACCGAUCCAAGGUAGUCGUGAUACACGAUCGAUUACGCAAGCGACCCAACGAACGCGAACGAACGGACUGGGAAGAAACGCUAGUCACGUGUAACAGGCGAUCGUGGACCGUUCAACGCUUCGUUAGAGCCAUUUAACGCGUCUUUUCGCGUUAACCGAAGUGACAAAAAUAAAAACAAGAAGAAAAGAAGACCGUCUGUUCUAACAAAAGGGUAGUGACGCAAGUAAAAAAACAAAAACGUCUAAAGAGCAAUCGCAUUGAAUUUGGUUGUUUGUAACAUUCGACGCGCCGGGUAAAGUUCAUAGAUUCCGAUUGAGAUUUGCAAUACAACGAGAAACGGUAGCCUUGAUGUUCAACGAAGCGGCCGAAAAUGGGACCGCGGUGAAAGUAUAGGGUAGGAAUUACGACAAGAAAGUGAAUCUUCGAGUGGUCGUCAAAUAUAAAUUUUAAAGGACCUAGUUCGUGUAUUGACGAAGAUGCGAUCGACCGCGACUCGCUCCGAAUCGAUGAAAAACGCACGAUCGAGAUGUUAAACGACAGAAACGAAACCAGAGAGGAAAAAAUAAAGAGUAGGGUGAGAAGAAGGAGUAGGAGAAGGAUAAGAGAAAAAGGCGCGAAUGACGGAAGAAAACGCGGCGGUAAGAGCGAGUAAAGCAAAAGGUGCGGUAAGAGUGGCGCGCGUACCACGAUCUGGCCUUAAAUUGAUCGGGCGAGCAAGUAAGCGGGUUACUUCGGUCCAAGUUGGUCGAUGGGUAAGAUUUCUCGGGAGAACUAGUGGCAAAUUAGUCGCGGACGACCGGAGGAAUCGUCCGUUUCCGCGGUCGUAGCGCGAUCGCUCGAAUUCUAAAAAUCUACGCGUUCCGACAAAGAGAAAGUUAACGUCGGCAUUGUCGAUACUUCGAACGGUGCGCGUCGUUGGUGUUACUUCGAGGAGAAAGGUCCUCGAGUUUCUACGUGCUUUUUUAAAUCGCGAUCCUUGUGCUCGCGAUCGCGCCAUCGAUACACCGGAUUUAUUCGUUCGCGUUCCGUUCGCGUAACGAGCACGAGGACACACGGACGACGCGAGCAGCGAUCGCUAGAAAGCGCCGCGAAGAAUCCUCGGGACAGUUAUUCUCUCUCAAGUAGACCGAUGUCGGACUUUCUCCUGAAUGGCGAGUCGACAAAUGGCGUAAGAAGUCAUCGUGUCUCUCGUAAUCGUUGGUAGCUCGCUUGAAAUUCGAACGAGCGAAACGAGGACGCGGCAAACAAGCAAGGGAGGGAGGAAGCGAAGGGAGCAGGAACAGGAGAAGGAGGAGGUGGAAAAGGAAGAGAAGGAGAAGAAAAAGAAGGUGAAGGAGGAGGUGGAGAAAGAAGGGAACUGAAAACGCAAAGUAAAACGUAAAGAAAGCAUCGGCGCCGCGUUUAGUUGUUUCCGACGACGAGGAUGGCCAUGUCGGGAGAAGAGGAUUACGGACGCACGCUGAGCGAAGAAACUAGGUUGAUCGCUCACGCCGAACUUCGCGAGGAUGACGCCACUAGGGAACAAGCGUUGGACCAAUUUCGGCACUGGAUUCAGAAACAUCCCGCUAUAAAGCGAUGCAGAACAGACUCUGCCUUUCUCCUCCGAUUCCUUCGAACGAAGAAAUUUAGCGUGCCGAUGGCGGAAGAGAUGCUCGAACGAUACUUGACCAUCAGACAAUUGUAUCCGAAUUGGUUUCAAAACCUCGACAUCGAGGAUCCAGAUAUCGAGGCUAUCAUUGACGCAGGCUACCUGGUGCCGUUGAUGGAGCGCGAUCGUCACGGUCGACGGGUGAUACUCUCUUGCGCCGGACGUUUCGAUCCGUACAAGUACACCUCCGCUCAAAUGGCUCGAGCUCACAGUCUGGUGGUCGAAGCUCUCAUGGACGAUGAGGAAAAUCAGGUUCGCGGCUACACGCACAUCAACGACGAAUCAGGGCUGACAAUGGGUCACCUCAGCGCCUGGUCUCUCACCGAUAUUCGUAACAUGUUACGUUGUAUCCAAAACAGUACACCCAUGCGACACAAGGAAACGCACUUUGUCAAUAUUCCAAGUUACGCGACCAAGAUCAUCGAAUUCGCCAUUUCUCUUCUUAACGAUAAGUUGAAGGCUCGGAUCUUGGUACACAAGAAUGUGGAGGAUUUAAAAACGUCGGUUCAAGAUUCAAGAAUCUUGCCGAAGGAAUACGGAGGAGAAACACCGCUCCGCGACAUGAUCGAUGCUUUCAAGAAAACUUUGAAGGAACAAAGAGACCGUAUAAAAGCUCUUGACGACAUGUACAUUGAGAUUUCGUCGACGGAAUAUCAGCGUAAUGCGAGCGACGGUUUAAGCGGUAUACCUGGUUCAUUCCGCAAACUGGAAGUCGAUUGAUACUUCUCUCCAUCGUCAGUCUCAGUGGGGUCACGUCGUCUUUUGUUCACGUUCUUAGAUAUUUAUAUUAUUUCGAUGUAUCAUAAUUCUCCUGCCGGUGGUAUUAGUUACCUAUGAUCGUUUCGAUUUUUAUAUACGGUAUAGAAUAAGAUGCUGCGAUUAUGCGCAUCAUUUAGCGAAAUAAUUUCAUGUUAU